AAUUUAACUGUUUUUACAACAAAUAGUGAUAUCGUGGUCGAGAGCAGUUUAUUAUCGAGAAUGUUAUCUCCGACAUCCGGCAGCGCGUAGAUCUCCUCCCCUCUUCGCACUGUGGUGUGUUCGUCUUCAUCUGUCUUGUUAGUGUGUAUCAGACCCUCGCCCUCAGUAGUCCUGCCGCCCAACUUCACCAAUAUGAUGAAGCUGUGGGGUAUGCUGUUGGUGUUCAUUGCCUUCAACUAUGCUGAUGAUAGCCUGCUAUCACUGGACAGAUAUCACACACACGAGGAGAUGAUAAGUUUCCUCAAGAACUUCACAAAGAUGCACAGCAAUCUUACCAGACUAUACUCAAUAGGGGAGUCAUUUGAAGGAAGAGAGUUGCUAGUCUUGAGGAUCAGUGGGGGGGAUGACCUGCUCCUGAGGCCCAACUUGAAGCUGGUGGGCAACAUCCAUGGCAACGAGGCAGUUGGGAGAGAAGUGUUGCUACACUUUAUUGAAUACCUGGUGACCGAGUACAAUAAAGGGAACAAGAGAGUGAGACGGCUCCUUGACUAUGCUCAUGUGCACAUCCUGCCUAGCAUGAAUCCUGAUGGUUUUGCCUGUGCUCUCAGAGAUAACGUGGUUGACGACCACGACUCUGAGCCUGGAAUACAUCCACCUGGGCACUGUAUGGCCAGGGAUGGCAGGGCAAACAGUCUCGGCAAAGACCUGAACCGUAACUUUCCCGAUUACUUCCGCAAGGUCAGACCGGAGCUGCAGAACGAGACAUUGGCUGUGAUGAGAUGGCUGGAUGAUUUUCCUUUUGUGUUGUCUGCGGCUCUCCAUGGCGGUUCACUCGUUGCAAACUACCCCUUUGACAACAGCAAAUAUGAUAUUUGGGAACAGUUCUUCAAAACCGUUGAUGUAUCUCAGCUUUCCCAAGAAGAGGUCACAAAGCUUUGGAAGAAAUGGCGGCCUGGCUCGUUGUCCAAGGAGCCAAACCUGACAGAAGAUGAUGAUGUGUUCAAACAUCUCGCCCUGGUCUACGCCAGAAAACACCCUACCAUGCACAAGGGGAAGGCUUGCCCAAAUAAUUAUGCAAAAGACACAUUUCCGAAGGGAAUCGUCAAUGGGGCUGAGUGGUACCCGCUCACAGGAAGUAUGCAAGACUACAACUACGUAGUUCAUGGAUGUAUGGAAAUUACUUUGGAAAUAUCCUGUUGUAAAUUUCCAGAACCAGAAGAACUGCAAUCAUCUUGGGAUCAAAACAGAGAGCCACUGCUGGCUUUCUUGGAAGAGAGUCGAAGGGGCGUCAGAGGUUUUGUCAUGGACGAGAAUGGAAUUCCAUUGCCAAAUGCUACCAUCAGAAUCUUAGGGAGGGAAACGUUUCCCUUCUAUAGCACACCCAAGGGUGAAUUCUGGAGGAUUCUCCUAGCUGGAACUUACCUAUUUCAAGUGGAAGCACAAGGGUUUGACAACAGAAGGAUAACAGUGAUAGUGAACGAGCCAAAACAAGCUGAGUGGGAGUGGCCUCGUGUUGUGAAUGUUACACUGUAUCGAACAGGUUCUACCAGAACGACUCAGGUCAUCACUUCAAGCGAAACAUCAACCGAAAGUAUGAGAAACAUAAGAGGGUCAGCCAGCUCUUGGGAAAGUGAAAGUUUACAACAUGCAAACAAAAGUUCUGCAGUUACUCUAAUGUUUUCUAAAUUGUUACUAGUUCUAGUGGUGUUGUUUUCAUUGUAAGAGAUUUAAAGUUAAGUUAAAGUGGAGAUUAAAUACCAUUGUCUUUGAUCUCUUCGAAUUUAGACAGUAAUUUAAGAUAGAGAUUUCUAGAUCUGUAAUGUCUGUGAUAUGACUACAAAAAAGAACGGAGAGAAUGUACUUAGAUUUUGUAGGAUUAAGUGAAAAGGACACUGAAAUAUUAAGGUUUAGAAGAGGUUAGUCUUAAAUAUCUGAACAAAAGUGUACAAAAAGAAGAUGGGUAUACUUUAAAACUAAAUUAAAAGCAGUGAAGAAUAUAUGUAUCAAAUCAGUAACUUAGAUUGUGUUUUGUAUCACAUUAUGUAAUGUAGGAUAAUAGUUUUUUGAAUGUAUUAAUAAUUUUUAGAUAGUUUAAGAACUUAAUACCAAUGAAUUAUAGUAUAGUUCGUUGCUUAAUACUAGACCGUAUUACAGAGAAACUGUUACACCAAUGGUCAGUAAAGAAUGGGAAGAGAGGAAUAUAAGGUUUGCUUGUCUGUUUGGCCAAUCUAUACAAAACUAAAUAGAUUCUGUAGUGAAAAAUUUGCUUUUUUUGUACACUGAAAAUUGGCACACUAAAGAAAGGAGAGAGAGUGUGUGCGUGAGAGAGGAAGAAGGUCCGAGAAAGAGUAUUGUUACAGAUACCUAUAGUUUUUUUAUGAAAUUCAGCUUAUACUCAUAAUUAAUUAAUCUUUUGUUAAGUAUUCAUGUUCUGAAACAAGUGAUCAAAAGAGUAAGCAUAUAGGAACUAAACAAUAACCGAUUAUAUGUGUUUAUUGCCACUAAAUAAACCAACUGACAAACUGAAUACAUAAAACCCUAUGUUAAAAUUAAACAAAAUAGAAUAGCUCUAAAAUUUACAUGCAGUCUCUAACAGACAAUAUUGAAAUCAAUGAAGAAAUUUCCCUUAAGAAAUGGAGGGGUAUCAAAAGUAGUAGAGCUUAGUCUCCUACACUGGUUGCGAUACUACUCGAAGAAAGUGUGAAGGGAAUAUUCUAGUUGGGUAUGUGUGGUGUUAAAUCCUCUUCAAAUUUUGGGGGAGGGAAUUAUGAGCAAUGAAUGUAUACGAGUAUAUUAAUGGAAAGGUCCAAACGAUUCAAGACAUCAACAAAGUUGGUGAAGUCAUAGCAGGCUAGACUUUUUUUAAUUCUGAGGGAAUUAUUCAUUAGAAAUAUUAAUUCAUAUUGGUCAGUGAAGAAAGGAAGCUUAUGUGAAGUUUUACAUCGGCUACUACGUGUUAUUUAUCAUAGAAAGCCAUGAAUAUAUCAGAAUUUAAAACAGGCAAAUCCAUUAUGGCAAUAUUCUAGCACACAUAGCAUAUCCUGAUCAGCAGUUUUUGGCUUAACGGCAGAUUUCCCCAAAUCAACAUCCACCCUACUCAUCUGAUUGACAUUUCUCCUUUUGAAAUCAGUUUUCAACAAAUUCAACAAAAAAGAUGAAAUAUUCUAGAUUUUUCGAAAUUUAUCAAAAUAGGUCAGAAUAAUUUUUUAUGGUCUUGAAACUACCUUAAAUCUUCCUUAAGCAAUGGAAAAUUAGUUAGUGAGACAAAUUGUGUACAUUAGAGGGGAAUCGUUUUAAAAGGACAUGAGUCACAAACAAUUUCUUUAUCAUAAUAAUUCCAGUCCUGAUGCUUUUUGAACAGACCUUGAAUGACAACUAUCAAAGUCUGAGAAUCUGUCUACUCUGUGGCACUAAGUCAUAUACAUGCACAGUACACUAAGCUGUAGUAAUUAACAAAGAGGUAAGGUGAUAGAACCCCUCUUAAAAGCACUAAAAAAAAAAAACAAAACAAAAAACAAUAUAACAGCAAUCUAUAAUGCUCGAAAGACUCGUAUAUGAGUAAUGUUUUACUUUUACUUGGACCUAUAUAAUUUAUUUAAAUGUAAAUAUACCCAGCCCGGUGUGGUAUGCUCUUCAAUCAGAUUCAUUCCUCCACAAAGGCAAGUCCACUACUACUACUAUACUAUGCCCACUAAUGCAAACAUACUACUAAACAAGACAAUAUGCAACUGUUGAUACAUGACAAUUUAUAUAUUCAUAAAAAACUUAUAGUAUAUGUGCACACUUUUCAUCUGAAAUAAACUAGUAACUAGACAAUUUUCAUCAAGGUUAUGGCUAAAGAAAUAUGCCUGAAAGAACUUCCCUCACUGCAUACCACUGUCAGAUGUUGAUGAUAUUUUAACUUACUAAUCUGCCACAGAAUACAUUAGUUUACAUAUAUUAUUUUUACUAUUGUAAUGUAUUAACAUUCUACAGGUUAACUUUCUGUGCUCCCUUGCACCAAAAUAAACCACACUAAAUGAAAAUUUUCCAGCAUUCACUCUAAUAUUCAUACUUGAUUGAUGUUGUAAACAUAAUUUUGCAUCAUGGUCCAGGAGCAUGAAAUCGAUAGAGGAAUUGUUCCUAAGAAAGUACCGAUCAUCAGCCACUCUAAUUUGGUGGAGGCCAAAACGGAGGGUCUAGAAAGUGUUAAAAAUAUGAAAAGAUAACUUUUCUGCCAGAUUGUAUUUUUCCUUGCUUUGAACACAUGAAACCAAGCAUCUGUAUGUAGUUAGCUGACACUGGUUUAAUAUUUACAAUAACGAAAAAUCUAGUAUAUUUGAUAUUUUUGUUGAAUCUGUUGAAGACUGAUUUGAAGGAAGGGGAUUUAGAGGAGAAAUAUCAAUCAGAUGAGUAUGGUGGAUGAUGAUUUGGGGAAAUCUGCUCUUAAGCCAUAAACUGUUGGUCAAGAUGUGCUCUGUGUGCUGAACAGGCUCAACCUUUUUGAACCUACGAUACUAUUUUUGUGUCUGAAAUUUUGACGACUCCAAACUAUAAAUCCACCAGUUUAUUUUAACUGUUUUUACUAUCUGUAGGUAAUACAGUGUAGAUAUUUUUUAAUAUUUACUAAACAAUGACUGUGUUUUCCUUUAUUUUCAAACUUUUUGCAUAUUCAAAUCUUGCAUCUAAAAAACCGAAUGUGGCAUAGAAAAUGUGCUACAUUGAAAGUUCUGACUUAACUUUUAAGCUCAUUUUAUAAAAUGUUAGUAUUUUAGUUAACUUCCACAACAGGUCUUGUUUAUUGUCUUGUUACAACCAAGCGUAAUCAGUAAGCGUUAUAUUUAAGUAUGUAAAUAAUAUACUCCUUAGAAUUGUCAUUUACGUACAUUUAUUUAACCAUGACAUGUAGUGUAUCAAGAAUAAAACAAAUAUAAAUUCUUGUUUCCUUUA